GAGCGGUUGGUUGGGGCCGGCGGCGGCGGCGGCCGAGGCGCGGCGGCGGGGUCAGUUCUCUUUAGUGUUUGCCGAUGUUAGAGGCGUCUCCAAAGUGUCCCUGGGAACCAGUAAAAAUCAAUGGCACAAGUCAAGAUGCAGACCACACCAAAUUACUCUGGACCUCCCCAGUCUCCAGCAGUGCUAACCCCAUCAGUAACAGCAACAGGUUCAGUGGUUCUUCUGCCCUCAGUGAAUGGAUCCAUUCCAGAAGCAGCUGUCAAUUGGAAUAAUUCCAAAACUGGUCAGGUGGAUUCCAUACCUUCUAGCAACUCACAGGUUCCUUUACAAGAUAACAUGGCAAACCCCAAAGAGAAAACUCCAAUGUGUCUGGUAAAUGAGUUGGCCCGUUUCAAUAGAAUUCAACCACUGUAUAAGCUCUUGAAUGAACGAGGACCUGCUCAUGCCAAGAUGUUCACGGUGCAGUUGACUCUUGGAGAGCAGACAUGGGAUGCUGAAGGAAGCAGUAUUAAAAAGGCUCAUCAUUCUGCUGCUAGCAAAGCUCUGAGUGAAACUACCCUCCCCAAACCAGCACCUAGACCACCCAAAAACAAUGUUAAUAAUAAUCCAGGCAGCAUUACCCCAACAGUGGAGUUGAAUGGUCUUGCUAUGAAAAGAGGAGAGCCCGCCAUCUAUAGGCCGUUAGAUCAAAAGCCAGUUCCAAACUACAGAGCAAAUUAUAACUUUCGAGGCAUGUACAAUCAGAGAUAUCACUGCCCUGUGCCUAAGAUUUUCUAUGUUCAGCUGACUGUGGGUGACCAUGAAUUUUUUGGUGAAGGGAAGACUCGCCAAGCUGCUAGACACAAUGCUGCCAUGAAGGCUCUUCAGGCUCUUCAGAACGAGCCAAUCCCCCCAAAAUUACCUCAGAAUGGAGAGCCAGGUAACGAAAUGGAAGACGAAAAAGAUGCAAACAAGUCAGAAAUCAGUGUAGUAUUUGAAAUUGCACUGAAGCGCAGCAUGCCUGUCAGUUUUGAGGUAAUAAAGGAAAGUGGGCCACCGCAUAUGAAGAGUUUUGUUACCCAAGUGUCAGUGGGAGAAUUCUCUGCAGAAGGCGAAGGGAACAGCAAGAAACUGUCAAAGAAGCGAGCCGCAAUAGCUGUCCUGCAAGAACUACGGAAACUUCCCCCUCUUCCUGUGAUCGAAAAGCCAAAGCUUCAUUUUAAAAAACGCCCCAGAACAAUGUUAAAGACUGGACCAGAAUAUGGUCAAGGAAUGAACCCCAUUAGCCGUCUGGCUCAGAUUCAACAAGCCAAAAGGGAAAAGGAACCAGAGUAUCUUCUUAUUUCAGAAAGGGGAAUGCCUCGUCGCCGAGAGUUUGUUAUGCAGGUCAAGGUAGGAAACGAGAUUACAACAGGUACAGGCCCAAACAAGAAGAUAGCAAAAAGAAAAGCAGCUGAAGCAAUCUUGCUACAGCUUGGCUAUAAAGCCUCAUCUCUACUUCAAGAACAGAUGGAAAAGCCAGGUGACAUCAAGGGGUGGAAUGGCCAAAAUGUUGAAUAUCCUGAAUCAGCAAAUAACACACCAAAGGGAAUACUCCAUCUCUCUCCUGAUGUUUAUCAAGAAAUGGAAGCGAGCCGCAACAAAGCAUCCCCUGGUACCCCUGUAAACUAUUUGUCCUCCAAGGAAAUGAGCCAAGCAUCGAGUUGUUUCUUCAGCACAUCUCCUGCCACUAAUAAUACAGCUACAAUUGCCAGGGAACUGCUCAUGAACGGAACAUCUCCCACUGCUGAAGCUAUAGGCCUGAAAGGAAUGUCAGUCACUGCCCCUUGUUCUACGGUGCAACCUUCAAAGCAACUGGAAUAUCUGGCAAGGAUCCAAGGCUUUCAGGUACACUACAGUGACAGACAAAACGGCAAAGAAUGCAUGACCUGCUUGACACUGUCUCCUGUGCAGAUGACUUUCCAUGGUAUUGGAAGCUGCAUUGAAGCCAGCCAUGACCAGGCAGCUUUAAGUGCCUUGAAACAGUUUUCAGAACAAGGACUGGAUCCACUGGAAGGAACUGUAAAGGCUGAAAAUGCUUCAUUUGAAAAACAAGUCAAGCAUCUGGGAGAAAAUGCAGACAAUAAACAGACUAACUCAGGCACCAUUGCUCAGGACUGCAAGGAUUCAAAGGCUGUCGUCUAGGAGCUUCCCAGCACCCGCGGCUGCCACUGCACCCUUAUAAACCUGUCAACACGCAACAGGGUGUAUGUGUACAAGGAAAUGAAUGACUAAUACCAUUAUUUGAGUCCUAUGUGAAGACAACACUAUUCUAACACAGGAGAUAGUCUACAUGGUACUGUUUAUUGAAUGGGGGAGAAAUAAAUAAAACUGGCUGUUUCCCCUCCAAACCUUAAAAAAAACUACUGGAGUUUUAAACAGCAAAUAAUUAACUAAGUCAUGGUUGGAGAAAUUAAGUUUACAGUUGCUUAAUACUCUGGAGGAAAGGAAAAGUCAACAUUAGGUUAAGUUAUACGACUCCUUUAUAGUGUAGAAUAAGUUCAGCUUUCCUCUCUUUUUUUUUAAUUAUGCUUGAAUAUUUUGAAAUUAAUCAAUGACAGUGCUGUGAGAGUUGUAGUUGUUGUCUUCAUAUAUAGUCAUACAGCUUCUCUUUCUAUGCCAACAUUAUGCAUUCUUCAUAGUCUUACGGAAUACAUUAUGCCUGUAAGAUGCACGACUCCGAGUUGUUUGCAAACUGAAGUUUAAAUCAUGACAAGUAUUUGCUUGAACGUUAAUGACUGGUCACAAUACGAUACAAGAGAAAGCAGUGAUGGUAUCUUAUUUUCCCUUGCCAUUUGUUGAUUGAAGAGGCACCUUGCUUCCAAGAAACACAUUCCUCCCUUUGUUCUCUGUUGUGUGAAACACAUCGACACCUCAUUCUGUGUUUUGCAUCAAUCUCUCAUUCGCAUCAACUGAGUGUUUUUAAUAACUGCAUUCUGACCGCGAAAAGUAGAAAAGGAUGGCAACAUCAUCUCGGAGGACAAAAAGUGGUGGAGCAGGUGUGUAAAACUGCCAGUGGGGCAGAGACAGAAAUUUGCAUUUUUAUUCUGUACUAGCAUAUACAAAUUAAGCAAGUGGCCAACGCAGUAAAACCACGUCAGUUCAUGUA